GGUCCGGUGUUGACACUUCCGGGUGGGACCAAAGCGAGGGCGGCGGUGUAGGGGCUGGCAGAUCGUUGGCAACCAUGGCGUACAGCGGCCUUACGGUGCCUCUCAUCGUGAUGAGCGUGUUCUGGGGCUUCGUGGGCUUCUUAGUGCCCUGGUUCAUCCCUAAGGGUCCUAACCGAGGAGUUAUCAUCACCAUGUUGGUGACCUGUUCAGUUUGCUGCUAUCUCUUUUGGCUGAUUGCAAUUCUGGCCCAACUCAACCCUCUCUUUGGACCACAGCUGAAAAAUGAAACCAUCUGGUAUCUCAAGUAUCACUGGCCCUGAAGAAGACAGCCUGCUCCACAGUGCUGCCAUUGAGGUCACGAAGAGAAUUCCUCCAGAUGCAUAAUCACCUCCAAACCCAGACCACCUUCCUUGAGUUGCCUCUUUGUGCAUCAGUUGCCUUAAACAUUCACAUCACAUUUGAAUGUCUUAUUCUAAAAUGCAGUAUUUUUUCUGUCACCUUUUUUACACUUUCGAAUGAUGUGCCUACUUAACCUAAACUGUGCUGACCACCCAAAAUGUUAUGCACUCUUCUGAGAUAGAAGAUGCUAAUCUUCAAAGAAAUACGUCUCCCUCUCCUUGGAACCUGUGGAUUUGAAGACGGCCCCUGCCUCUUCAUGCCAUGACAGUCAGCAGAGUGUUUAAGACCUGUGCAGAAAUGACUUCAAGGCAGAAACGACUCCAGCGGGGCGGUCAGUCGGAGAGCAUGUUCAGAGGGAACAUCUGUCCCAACGUGAUGGAAUUACACCAAACUAUAUUUUUAGAAUGAAUUUCUUAUUUCUGCCAUCUUUUAGAAUAAAUUAUUUUUCUGUCCUCUA